CCGACGCAGCCGACCGCGGGGUGAGUCUCGAUUUCUACGAGGAGGAAGCUGGCUCACAGGCCCUGUCCUACGCCGGGGACGAGGCACCGAGCCCCGCGGCGAAGCACGUCAGAUCCCGCGCCGAGAUCCCAGAAGUGGAUGCGGCCGCGCCUGCGGCCGAGACGGUGCUCGACCCAACCGGGAAGGAAUGCGUGCUGGACUACGAGAGCAGGAAGAUGAAGACGCCAGACGAGUGGUCGAGGGCCCUCGACUCGGAGCCGCCCAUCACCACGUACAUGGAUGAGGUUUUGAAGAACGAUCACGCCGCCUACCACCCGUUCAUCUCGGACCUGGCGCGAGCGAACACGUUGGGCUUCACCUGCCGCCCAAAGGAUCUGGCGACGCCGUUCUCCGCCAGAAAGAAGAGCGGGGCCCAGGCGUCGGUCUGGGACGCGCGAGAGCCCCAGUUGGACGCAUUCAAGGACACCUCCACCACGAAGGCCCCGAGGAUCUCCGACGGGGACCACCUGUGGGACCCCUGGGAGCUCAACCGCGGCUUCAACGAGGCCCCUCUUGAGGCCCUUCGGGGCGGCGCAUGGAAGCAGGUUGCCUCGGCCAGGGCUCACGCCAUGGAGCCCGUCGCUAUAAUUGUUGGACUGCGCUGGCUUUGGGACUUGGAAAGUCGAGCCGUAAGCCGCUUCGGCCCGGCAGCGCGGAAGAGGCCGGCAGCUGGCCGCAGCUUGGCGAGGAAGGACUUCCUAGAGUGCCGCCCCUUCGUCGGCGCCUCCAGGGCGGAGAGGGGCGCGAGGCGUCAGGAGACCUCAGGCCCUUGCCACUUGCUGGGGCCCGACGAGAGAGGCUUCCUGGAGUGGAACGCGGUGGCCCCGCAGACCCAGCGCAACUACCAAGAGGCCCUGGCGGAGUUCCAGAGUUCCGCGGCUGCUCGCAGCCUCCCGCUCGCGACCGCCGCGGACGCCGACAUGGCGCUGACGAACUGCGCCGACUUCGCCUGGGGCACAGGUCACGGCGCUGCUGGCCAGCGCGAUCUCGACCUCGCGGCCCCGGAGGUGGCGAUCAUGAUAGUGGUGAUGUUCUGGGCCUACUUCAGCGGCUCGCGCAAGCACUGCGGUUCCAACCUGCGCCCCUCGGUCCGAGGGGGCCUCGCGGACGAGAGCAUCCUCUUGGACUCGGUGGAGGUCCCGCGGCUGGGCCCGCUGGCGGCGAGGUGCCGCACCGCCGCCCCGACGAUGCUGCCCUUCGGCUCGAACGCCCAGGAGCUUGGGCGGCCCUGGCGGCGCGCGCUGCAGCUCGUGCGCCCGGGGCGGCACUGCGCCCCCUACCAGCUCAGACGCGGCGGCCCGUCGCACGACCGCCUGUGCCGGCACUGGUCUCUCGCCGAGAUCAAGGGCCGCGGGCGCUGGGCCUCGGACUACAGCACGAAGCGGCACGAGGCGCACGCGCUGCUGCAGCAGGAGCUCGCCGAGCUGGACGCCGCCACCCGCGAGCAGGCCGACGCGGCGCCCGACAAGCUCCACAAGGUGCCGGAGACGGCGCCGGGUGGCGCCGAGCUCAUGCACGGCUCCGCGCGCCUGGCCCGAGCUGUCGCCACCGCUGGGUGGGCUUCGCGGGGCUGGGACAUCGCCGACGGCUGCGGCGCGGACCUUCGGAGCCCAGACGUCAUCGACACGCUUCUGAGCCGCGUCCAGAGCGGGGCCAUCAUGGGCGCCCAUGUCGGCCUGGACUGCAAGACGCGGUCGAGAGCCAGAAAGCUGGAUGGUCGAGGCCCGCCGCCGCUGAGAAGCGAUGGGGACAUCUGGGGACUGCCCAGCGCGAGCCGCUGCGAUGCCGGACUCCGCUCGAUAGCGAGCCAUGCCAAAGAAGAGUGA